AUGUCGUCGGCCAAGCAGACCCUUUCUCUCGAGGAGGAGGACAAGGCGCCUCUGGGACGAGAGCGAUCCAUCACGCUCUCGCAGGCCCAGUUCGAGGAGCUCUACCUCCAGCCCUUUAAGCUGUCAAAGAUGCAAGAGCGCAACGCAAUGACGUUUGGCAAUCCCACGCUGCUCGGCCUUCUCAGCUUCUGCUGCACCUUUACGCCCACGUGCUGCUCCCUGAUGAGCUUUGGCGGCUCGACGCCCUCGACCAUGACUGCUUACAUCGGUCUCUUCUAUCUCUUUGGUGGUGCCAUCGGAUGGCUGACCGCGAUCGGCGAGUUCAUCUUGGGAAAUAGCUUCUCCAUGGUGACUUUUGCUGGAUUCGGGUCCUUUUGGAUGAUUUUUGGCACGUUGAAUGAUCCGACUUUCGGAAUCGCUGCCGCACUGGGUGGACCAACUUCACCCGCAUUUCUCGAUUCCGUCGGCAUAUUCAUCUGCGUCUUUGGCUUCUUCUGCGUCUGUGGCACUCUCGCUGCGAUCAGGACCAACCUUGUCUUUCUCAUCGUCUUUACUACGGUCACCAUUGCCGCCGAACUCAUCGGUGUCGGCUACCUCGAGCUAACGCGCAACCCUGCCGUCGGUGCCAACUUGCUCAAGGCAGGCGGCGCCGUGGGAUUCGUCACAUGCUGCUUCGGCUGGUACUUUUUCGCAUUUCUUCUCUUUUCGUCGGUCGACCUCCCCAUCGCUCUGCCCGUCGGCGACCUCAGCCAGCGCAUUCCAGGUCACUCGAAGCUGUCGCAGGCUUGA